GGCGCCCGCCCAGUCCGCGUCUGGAGGUCGGAGAGGGGGGUUGCUAAUCUGCUUUUCUCAAGAGUAGCUUCGAAAAGUCUCCCUUCGUCCUCAACUUCGAAAGGAGGGCGUCUGUUGGUCCUUUACUUUCACUUUUGGUGUGGCUUCGGCAGCCUGUGGUGGUGCCGAGUUUCCGGGCAGGGAUUCUCUGAGACAGGGAAGCUUGCAGUCUCGCGCCGAGAUGUCCCAGUACGUGAACGACCUGUGGCCGGGCUCGCCGCAGCACAAGGAGUCCCCCUCGACGUCUCGGUCGGGCCGGUCCAGCCGCCUGUCCUCGGCAUCCAGGAGCCGCUCGUCUUCCGGGAGCUCUCGGUCGCGCUCCAGCGGCUCGAGCCGGGCGUCGUCGCGGAGUCGGAGCCGGUCUUGGAGGAGGAGCAGGUCCAGGUCUUGGUCCAGGAGGCGCCACCAGAGAAAGUACAGGCGCUACUCGCGCUCCUACUCGCGCAGCCGGUCACGCUCCCGCGGCCGCCGGUAUCGCGACAGGCGCUACGGCGCGUCCAGGAGAUACGGUCGGUCGCCGUCGCGGCCCCGCUCCCGCAGCCGGUCCCGCUCGCGGGGGCGCUCGUAUUACCGACGGGCCUACGCGCUCCCGCGGGGGCGGCGAUACUACGGCUUCGGCCGCACCUUGUACCCUGAGGAACGCGGAAGUUGGAGGGGCGGGUCCCGGGGCAGAUCCCGGACCCGGUCGCGGAGCCCAACCCCUUUUCGCUUAAGUGAGAAAGAUCGAAUGGAACUGUUAGAAAUAGCAAAAGCCAAUGCAGCAAAAGCUUUAGGAACCGCUAAUUUUGACUUGCCAGCUAGUCUCAGAAAAGUUCUUGCAUCUAAAGAGACGAACUGUGGAACAGCUGUACCAAACAGUGAUGCAAAGUUUGAGAAAUCAUGAAUGUGGUCUCCAGACAUUGAUGAAGAAAAUCUGUUGGUAAUUGAUAAAUGGGCAAAAGCAUCAGAGGUUUAACUAAUUUGAAGUUUACGUUCACACACUGAAAGUUUAGUUUUUUGUUGUUAGAUCCAUGUGCAUGCUAGAUGUCGGGAUAGGUACUAUUUUAAUAAGACACUAAAGACAGUUUUUUAAAAAACCGUUUGUAAUGUGGGGCAUCUGUGAUACAGAUGUCCCUUCCAUAAUAUAUGCAAUAUAUUCCAGAUGUUUUGAAAGAUUACAGAAGAAGAGGCCUGCUUCACUUGCAGAUAAGUUUAUUAUAUUCUCCAGAAAUGUGCAGGAUGUGCAUUGGUAAAUUGCACUGUGUGGUCUUAAUUACAUGAAGUAGAAAGUAUAAAAUUCAUAGCCUUCAAGGUUUAAGGUAGUUAGAAGUUUGAUAGAAUCAGUUAAGAUCGGAAAGUCGUUCUCUAGAUGAAUCUACCAUUCAAACCCAGAUGUGGGUUUGCUUAAGUAUUUAGUAAUAAACAAGGUCUUAGUCCAGUUGCUUCUUCAGAUUAGGUUUCCAGCUGGCAAAUGCCUUAUUAGUUCUUUGGAACUAAGUAUUUUCUGCUAUGACUUUACUUUCAGAGUUAACUGGAUUUGCAUCAGGGGAA